AUGGCACCCGUGCCUAGGUCUGGCGCCGGGCUUCUGCGCCGAAUCGCCCCAGUUGCUGGUGUCCUGACAGCCGGUGGUGCCAUCAUCUACUACACCUACCGGCCCCGGAACAUCCCUGGCUUUGAAGCUGCCGCUGUUCCACCUCCCAUCUACGGUGCCGACGGUACUUUCAAGCUCCCGCGCUUCCCCAAAGUCAAAUCUCGAGAUGAACAGAUCAGAGAAUUGAAACGCAGCGCUUUGCCAGAUGGGGAAUAUGAUAUCUUGAUCGUUGGCGGCGGCGCCACCGGCACGGGAGUCGCUCUCGACGCGGCCACUCGUGGGUUAAAAGUCGCUCUGGUCGAAAGAGAUGACUUCUCCUCGGGCACCUCAUCCAAGAGCACGAAACUCGUCCAUGGCGGUGUACGAUACUUGGAAAAGGCCUUCUGGCAGUUGGAUUACAGCCAGCUUCAAUUGGUCAUGGAAGCUCUCAAAGAGCGCAAAUACUUUUUGCAAACCGCGCCGCAUCUAAGCAUGUGGCUACCUAUCAUGCUGCCCAUCGACCGCUGGUGGAAGGCUCCGUACUAUUGGGCCGGUACAAAAGCCUACGACUUCCUGGCUGGGAGUGAGGGUAUAGAAAGUUCUUACUUCCUUACCCGAUCCAAAGCUCUCGAGGCUUUUCCCAUGCUGAAGCGAACGGAUCUUGUCGGCGCCCUUGUCUACUACGACGGCGCUCAUAACGACUCCCGUAUGAAUGUGUCCAUCGGCAUGACGGCGGCUCUGUACGGAGCCACUGUAGUCAAUCACAUGGAGGUUCUUAGUCUGCAGAAAGAUGCCAGUGGGAGACUGUGUGGUGCUACUGUCAGGGAUCUUGUGGCCAGUAAAAAUGGCCAAAAGACACAAGAUGUGCCUGUGAAAGCAAAAUGCGUCGUCAACUGCACGGGUCCCUUCACAGACUCGAUUCGCAAGAUGGAUCAGCCCGACUGCAAAGCUAUCGUGAGCCCGGCUUCUGGAGUUCAUAUUAUUCUUCCUGGUUACUACAGUCCCUCCAAUAUGGGACUCAUCGACCCCUCCACCUCUGAUGGCCGUGUCAUUUUCUUUUUGCCGUGGCAAGGCAACACAAUCGCCGGAACCACCGAUGAGCCCUCGUCCAUCUCACAAAAUCCGUUGCCCGAUGAAAAGUCCAUUGAGUGGAUCCUUAAAGAAAUCAGCCAUUACCUCUCUCCCGACAUUAAGGUCAGACGUGGUGACGUUCUCGCUGCUUGGUCCGGCAUCCGCCCUCUCGUCAAGGACCCCAAGGCCAAAAACACGGAAUCGUUGGUCCGAAACCAUCUCGUUGACAUAUCAGCCUCUGGUCUGCUUACAUGCGCGGGCGGGAAAUGGACCACAUAUCGACAAAUGGCCGAAGAAUGUGUCGACGCUGCCAUUGCCGAGUUCAACCUCCAACCAAAGCCUUUGAGGGAUCCUCCGCGAAUGAGUGGCACUGACAUCAUCGAUGACGGCGCCAUUCUCGAUGGAAGCUGCAAAUCCCAUCAGGUCCGCCUUGUUGGAGCACAUGGAUUCAGCAAAACGUUGUUCAUCAACAUUAUUCAGCAUUUCGGCAUUGAGACCGAAGUAGCAAAGCAUCUUACUGAGAGCUACGGUGAUCGUGCAUGGACUGUCGCUUCCCUGUGUCGACCAACCAACAAUCGCUUCCCUGCCCGAGGCGAGCGAAUUUCUCAAUUGUACCCUUUCGUUGAUGGAGAAGUGAGAUAUGCAGCCAGACACGAGUACGCUCAAACAGCAGUGGACGUGCUGGCUCGACGGAUGCGUUUGGCCUUCCUCAACGCCCAAGCUUCCCUUGAAGCUCUGCCCCGGAUCAUUGACAUCAUGUCGGAGGAGUUGGCGUGGGAUAGGCAGCGCCAGGAGCUUGAAUGGAGAGAGACGGUCGCCUUCCUCGAGUCUAUGGGGCUGCCAAAACCCAUGCUUUCGGCCACCAGGACCCAGGUCGAACAGGGCAAGAUUGACUUUGCCAACUCGUUGGAGUACAAAAUGUAUUCUAGGCACGAUGGCACUGCCGACGAGUAA